AUGGGUCGGCGAUCCCCGAGAUUCGACGCAUGGCUCGCGCAGCGCUACCCGCUGAUCCGACAGGAAGUGACUUCCGCCGGCGGCGUGGCGGCCGCGGACAACCUCUGCGUCGACGUCACGGACGUGGCGCGCCUGCUGAACGCCAGGCCCGCCGUCCCACCGGGCCACCUCGGCGUGGUCCUCGGCGUCCUGGCCUACGUGGACUUCUUGGUCGGCAUGGUCAAGCCCCGCAGGACGCUGUUCCUGGCCCUUGACGGGGUUGUUCCUGAUGCCCUCCUCCACAAUGAACGCUGCAAGCGCUUUUCAAACUUAAGUGCCUCGGGGCAAGAGAGAAGGCUAAACUUCGAUAUGAACUCCAUAACUACUGGAACAAAGUUCAUGCAUGCACUGGACAAACAUAUCUCUUUCUUCAUGCGGUGGAAGAUGUCUGAAGAUCCAAAUUGGCAGGUGCCUGUAGUUGUGUUUUCAGGGUCAAGGGUUGUGGGUGAUGCGAAAAUGAAGAUAUUGCAGCACAUCAGGGAGCAGAAAGCAGUGCCAGCCUUUGGCAUGCUGAGGCACUGUGUGUACUGCAUGGCACCUGAAAUAAGCCUGCUGGCUCUGGCCACGCACGAGCCCAACUUCUACAUUCUUUCAGAAAGGGACUUGGUGGAUGGCCGAGGCACCCAGAGCACAGCGCCAAGGCCUAGCGACUUCGUCAUUUUGCAUCUUGGGAUCCUUCGUGACUACUGGGAUCUUGAGUACUCCACCAUCCAGCCUGAUUUUCAAGUGGACAUUGAGAGAGUGAUAGACGACUUUGUCUUCUUGUGCCUGUUGUUUGGCAAUGAUGCCCUGCCAGGUGUCCCAACACUGGAUGUCCUGGAAGGUGGCCUCCAGCAGCUAUUGACUGUAUACAAGCAUGUGCUACGGUCCAGCAAGAAUUACAUAAUUCAAGGAGGUCAGCUUCAGAAUAAGCAAUUAGAAGGAGUUUUGAGGGCGAUGUCCGAGUUAGACCCAGAAAGGAUCCAGAGCCGGUAUGCGGCUUGGCAGUUUGGUGUGGAGCAGAGCAGGGCCGCACCUGGAGGGCAAAGCCGCCCGCUAGAUCCAAAGGUUGCAAGAAGGCUUGCAGAUUUACCAAUGGAAAAUUGGUACACUUGCUGGAAGGAUUCAUACUACAGCGAGAAGCUAGGUAUCAAGCGGGGCAACUAUGAGGCACGAACUCGUGUCGUCCAAGACUAUAUUGAGGGUCUGCACUGGCUGUGGCACUACUACACCGUGAGCACAAAGUCGUGGUGCUGGAGCUAUCCUCACAACUAUGCCCCGCCCCUCACAGACAUUGUGGUUCUCGAUGGCCUGCAGCCACGCCCUUUGUCCUUUGCUAUGGGCCAGCCGCUUACAAACCUGGAGUAUUUGCUCUGUGUGCUGCCAAAGCUCUCUGCACAACUGCUUCCAGAGUGCUUCCAGGUUUUGGUGACCAACGAUGACUCCCCUGUGGCCGCCCUGUAUCCCGGAGAGUAUGCAGUGGACACUGAAGGCGCUUGGUGUGAGGACGACCAUGUGGUGCUGCUCCCCCACUUCGACGUGGACAUGCUUGUGGAUCACUUCAGGAUGGCAGACCUUGAGCUGCUGGAUGUGGGAGGAGGAGAGGCCAUCAUCGAGAAGGACACCCCAGGCGAAAUACUGAUUUUGAAAUUUGUGGAAGGGAUGAAGGAUAUGGCCUUCUGCAAAUCAACUCUGCCCAGCCACUUCUCUGAUGUGGUAGAACCGAACAGCCUCGCCUUUCUGCGCUGCCCUUCACAACACUCCAGUGCGGGUGGAUUUGAGCAUGCAGGCUCUUUGGGCUGCAUGCCCCACCUACAGGCACGGGAAGGCAGCCCUUCACUGAGGGAACCUUUCAAGUUUAAUGGAAGGCUUGAGUGGACAGCUGGCGGAGGGCAGGAGACCUUUGUUGUCAGAAUCGACAAUGAGGACUCUGCCAUCAAUUUCCAGCACCCCCGACCUGCCGCGGGAUCAGUAUUCAGGCUGCUGAAGGAACAGGCAGUGUUUGUUGGUUGGCCCUUCCCCCAAAAGGCACAUGUGCAGGCGGUUUCAGAUGAGUGGCAGUAUGUGUCUCCCUCAAACCCGAUGUAUCAGACAGACGAUAAACAGCACAAACAUGAUGCCAGUCGGGUGGAGAUGGCGUACCUCCAACAGAGAGGGAUCCGCACAGGCCCCUGCGAUCUGUUGCUCCAUUUGCAGCUUGAUGGAUCAGAGCAGACAGAGAUUCAUCCAGCACAGAUGGCGAUGAUCCAACUACAAAGUGGUUGCUGGCAGUCUGUUCUGGAGUUCUGCGCGCCACAGAUUGACAGUGGUGUGGUAAAAACUGUCGUUAUGGAAAAGGUUGAGGUUUCUGGCGGCAUGGCACAGAACUGCCCUCAGCUGGAAAAUGCACAGGAAGAUCUUUUGAGGAGAGCACUAAAUUCAAGAAUUGGUGUGAAAGACUCAAACCUGAAAG